GAGUUCCAAACAAAAUUCUAGUAAAUUCUUGACAUUUCUACUUUCAAAACAAGUUUGUAUAAAUACCGGUGGUAUAAGUUUAAUAAUUAUUAGUAAACUAGUAACAACGGUGUUGUAAACUAUUCGUUAAAUAAAAAAGUUCAGUGUUAUUAAAUUAUUUUGAAGUGUACAAUUAUCCAAAAUGGCAUUUAUUCCUGUAGUGUUUCGUGAAAACCAGUGGGCCCCUCAUUGCCCUCGUCGUCAAGUUGCUGUGCCCAAUCGAAAUUUUGUUGAAGACAUCACCCAUGACGUCCUGAAUUCCAUUGCCUUAGCCCAGGCGUUAUUUGGCCCAGAACAAGAUAGAGGAGAUACAGAGGUAAUGAGACAGAAUUCUAAAUUAUUGAAUCAAUCCAGAUCAUCUGUUACAAUUGAUGAACACAAAUUCCAAGCCAAUUUCGAUGUACAGCAUUUCAAACCGGAAGAAAUUACUGUAAAGGUAAAUGGUGACAGGUCCAUUACUAUUGAAGCCGAACAUGAAGAGAAGCAAGAUGAGCAUGGUGGAAUUUACAGGCAUUUUGUUAGAAAGUAUAAGUUGCCAGAAAAUUGCGAUAUAGAAAAGGUAGAUUCCAAAUUGUCGUCUGAUGGAGUCUUAAGUAUUACAGCUCCUACCAUUGGACAGAAAUCUUCCAGUCAUAGAACCAUUCCGAUUAUUCAAACUGGGAAGCCAAUUAAGCCAGCAGAAAAACCGCAGGUUGAACAGAAAUCAGCUUAAAUAGUAGGUUAAUAUUAUUUAAAAUAUAUUACAUCAAAUGUUCUUUAAUUUCAAGACUGAUUUUUGAAUGUAUUAUUAAUUCCAUUUUUUUGUACUGUAUAACAUUUUUUUAUUUAAAUAAAUACAUUUGUGAAUAAUUAAAA